AUGCGCUUCUCCCUCCUCAAGUCUGUCGUCGCCGCCCUGGCUGUUUGCAGCCAGACUGCCCUUGGCCAGAUUACGCCUGCCCAGGUCGUUGACAAUAUCGAGGCCCUCACGACAAAAUCGCAGGCCCUGCAGGCCCCUGCGCAGAGUAUCAGCAUCAUCAAUGGCCCUCUGAUCGUCGUGGGCCUCGGUCCUUUCCCUGUAAGGAAGCGCGUUCCUGCUUCAUCCGCCCCGUGCCGUACUGACAUGAUCUUGCAGACUUUGAUCACUGGAUUCACCGACAUCGUAAGCACCGCCACGGUCGCCAUUUCGCAAAUGCAGGGCAUGGCCGGUGUCCCCGCCGGCCCCCCGUCGGAUGCCAUUUUCGACGCCUUCCGCGAGUUCGUCAGGGUCCACCAGGUUCUCCUGAACAUCCUCAUCGGCAAGGCCGGUCUCUUCAACACCGUACCCAUCAUUGGACAGCCCGUUGCCGCAGUGCUGCGUUCCAUUGAGGAAGUUGUUGACACUGCCGCUUUCAUGCUCAUCGAUGCUGUUGAGAGCCGUGCCGAGGACCUGCAGAGCCAGGCCGAGAGCCUCAAGGGUACCAUCACUGUCGCUAUCGGCAGCUACGAUGGUCUCAGCGUGUAA